UGGGAGGAAAAUUAUUAAUAACACUAAAAUGUAAGCAAAGUUUGGAAUAUGUGCCAGACUUCAAUUAUGUAAUCAUAAAUACGCAAACAAAUGGAUCAUUUACAUUUGGAAGGCUAGAGAUGGGCAUUUCAGGCUCCCACUUCUCUCUGUAUAUAAAAAGCCAACCUCUGCUUCUGCUAACUUUCUAUAUUUUACCACAUUUAGCUUUUGAAACUUGAAACUUUGUUUUUUCCUAAUAAAAGAAAAAAAAUAGUACAAUUGAGUUUAUCUUUUCUGGGUUUUUAAGAUAAGAAUCAAUAAGAUCAUAUCUCAUCUGGGUUUUUGUUUUGGAAAGAAACAGAGAAAAUGUUGGAAGGUAAAGCUUUGAUAGAGGAUACUGAUAUGCCUUUGAAGAUGCAGAUCCAAGCUAUGGCUUCUGCUUCUCAUGCUCUUGAUCUUUUUGAUGUUUUUGACUACAAAUCUAUAGCUGCUCAUAUUAAAAAGGAUUUUGACAAGAAAUAUGGAGGAGGAUGGCAAUGUGUGGUGGGAUCAAAUUUUGGGUGUUUCUUCACACAUUCAAAAGGAAGUUUCAUCUACUUCACACUUGAGACACUCAAAUUCCUCAUCUUCAAAGGGGCUGUUUCUUCUUCUUGACUUAUUUUGUAAAUAGAAAAGAAAACAAUAAAGGGGAAAAGUGCAAUUUAUUACCCUUUUAUUAUUCUUAUGUUUGUAAUGUUUGUUUAAUUUUCUAGGCUUUGUUAAUGUCAUCCCACUUUAAAGUGUAAAUGGGUGAUUUUCAGUCUUGAGAGCAGAUGCAAGGUUAGUUUAGGUAUUUUCCUUGCUGUGAUUUAAGACAAUUUCAUCUGCCCUGUUUCACCAGUUUGAAAAUAUUAAUAUACUUAGUAGUAGUAUUAUCAUGAUGCAUUACUACAUUAUUAUAA